GAAUGUUUCGAUAUUUUAAAUGUAUGAAUUUUUUUCUAUACUUUAAUUUAAAAUUCAUGAAAUUACAAGUAAAGGACAAGGAGAGACAGAAUGACCGCGUUACCAAAAACAAUGCGUUCACUCGUAGCGCCGAAAUAUAGCUGGCCGACCGGCUGGGAAGUCGCCAAUAUGCCUGUUCCGACAGUCACAAGCCCUAAGGAUGUAUUAAUCAAGGUACAUGCCGCGGCCAUAUCGACAGGUGAUACGCAGCUCGCGAGGGGAGCAGCGAGGUAUAUAGUCGGGGAAUUGAAAAUGCCUCACAAGAUCGGCAUCGAGGCCUCAGGCGUCGUCGUCAAGGUUGGGUCAGGGGUGACAUUAUUCAAGCCCGGCGACAAGGUCUACGCAUUCGGACGAUCCCGGCCAAUGGAUGUGACCGUCGACAAGGGGUUCUGCUCUGAGUAUGCCGUAGCUCAGGAGAACCUGACGAUUACCAAUCCUACUGGCUCUCCAUUUGAAGAGGUCUGCAAUAUCGGUAGCGUUGCUACCGCGUUGCAAACUAUUGAGAUGGGUCUCCGCCUUAUGCGCGAGAACGGCGUUACCGAUGGACUCGAAGGCAAGACCGUAUUUGUAUCUGGUGGUUUAAGUGCCACUGGCUCCGUCGCUAUACAGGUGCUAAAGAAUGUGUACGGCGUCGGUAAAAUCAUUACCACCGUGUCCACAGCCAAGAUUCCGCUCGUGGAGCAGUACCUCCCGGGACUCGUCGACCAGGUCAUCGACUACACGAGCGUGACGAAGCUGACGGAUGCCAUACCCCCGGGAAGCAUAGACAUGGUGUACAACACGCAAUGGAUCGUUGCGAGCACUUUCCCGCUAGCGAAGCCGGAUGUAGGCGUCGUAGCGUCUAUCGCAAGCGUGCCAUCGCCGGGGCUGUUGCGCCUUAUGCUACCACCGCUGCCAUUUUUUACGUACUGGCUCGUGGGACUUGCGCAGCUGUGGUAUAAAUUUAAACUGCGCGGCACAAACGUUAAACACGAGUUUCACUCUGGCAACCCCGGUGCACGCGAGGACCUCGAGCGCGCUGGCGAGAUCGUAGCUAUGGGUAAGGUCAAGAGUAUUCACCGCGUUGUCGAACUCGAGGACAUUGAUGCCGUGAGAAGGGAGGCGCAGAAAGUAGCUACGGGAAAGGGCGGAGUCGGAAAGCUAGUGAUUAAGAUUGCGAAAUAGGAGAGAUGUACAAGUAUUUGUAACUAGUUAACCAUUAUUUAUAC